CUUGGGUCUACACAAUCUGUCAACCAAAAACGCUUACUACUACUACUACUACUAAAAAUGCCCCCUCAAGAGCCUUCAUCCCAUCAGCCCAAUUCUUUAUUCUUGUAUAUUCUUCCCCAAAAAUCGUCUCUCAAACUUACGACAAUUCGAACAAAGUCUUCAUUAAAAAUGAACCUUACCAAGAGAAAAUUAAUCCUCCUCCUUGUUUUUGUCCUUGUUGGUGCCUCCCUCCUUAGAGUACUUAAAAUCACCAUUAGUACUUCAUAUUUUCCGACUUCGGAAAUGGAUCAAAAUACAGGCAAUCAUCCGAGUCCAGCAUAUGGUAACAAAAUAUUAUCUGAAAAGGAACUGCAGUUUCUAUCUGAUAUAGUUUUGCAAAAGUCUCCGUGUAAUCUUCUUGUAUUUGGGCUUGAAGAUCAAUACCUUAAGUUACCAUUCAUUAAUAAAGGCGGUUCUACUGUUUUUCUAGAGGACAAGCCGGAAAAACUUAUCAAAAUGAAUGGUAAUGUGGACGGGACACGAGUUUUCAGGAUCAGGUACAAAACUUCUGCAAAGGAAGCAUAUAAGUUGCUAAAGCAUGCAAGAACACACCCGAGCUGUUCCUUAAGGUCCGGGAUCAGAAUGCUGACUUCCAAAUGUAAGAUUGCAUUAAACGGCUUUCCUAAGGAAGUGCUUAAGACUAAGUGGGAUAUAAUUGUUGUGGAUGGGCCAGGUGGGGACGGGCCGGAUUCACCAGGAAGAAUGGGUGCUAUAUAUAUGGCUGGUGUCCUUGCACGAGCCGGAAACAAUGGGACUAAUGUGGUUGUACAUGAUGUUGAUCGAACGAUUGAGAAGUGGUUUUCUUGGGAGUUUUUGAGUGAAAAGAACCUGGUUUCUUCUAAGGGGAAGUUUUGGAAUUUCAGGAUAGCUCAAAAACAGAAACUGGGUUCUUUAACAUCUUGAACUACCUAUAUAUUAGCAUUUAAUCGAUUUUCUUUUGUUUCCCAUUUACUUUCAAGGUAAUUGCAUGCUAGCUAAAUGAUAAUAGUUGGCAGAUGUAAAUUUGAACAAGGAUUGUUCCGAGGGUAAACACGAAACUCUAAAUGUA